CCGGGCUCAAUAUAAAUGUUAUGGGCUGGGUUUGAGGUUAGGUCCGGCUCUAAUCCGGCCUGUUGACCCCCUGGUUACAGGGGAUUCCUGGGACACCCGGCUAAAGGCAACUGGCAUCCCUGCUUACAAGGAUUCGUCGACCUUAUCCUGGGCUGGACGCUGGAAUAUAUAUUCGCAGCACAGCAGCAGCGGCCCGGUCACGAGGAGAGGAAAAUGCUCGCGUCGCCGAAAUGCUCUCUCCCUUCGAAUCCACCUCAUCUCUUUUUUAUGAAAAGGGGUAGAAAAUACAUUUCUAAGUUUUCAAAGAAGGAAGAUACCAGCGAGAAUCCAAAAUCCCAAGAUUCCGUCUUUCCUCUGAAAGUUUCCAACGUUUUCCUUGCUCGAUCUGCCAUUGCUGUUCUCGGGCUUGGAUUUAUUGAUGCUGGGAACAUAGUAUUUUGUCUAGGAUGUUAUGUACUUGCACACUUCAACAAAAUGGUAUUGCAGAAUGAAAGAAUCAUCAUAUUCUUGAAGUUGCUCGCACCCUUCUGCUUGGUAUAGUGGGGAUUGGUCUCGGAUUGGUGCAAUUACAAGGGAGACUGAGGAGAUGCUAAAGGUUGCAGCUUAUCUGGUAGCACCUAUGUGUCUUUUCCUCAUCUUUUCUACUAUAGACAUAAAGGAAGGUUGAAAUUUUAAUGUAAGAGGGCUCCUCUUGAAAAUGGUCUUUUAUUUAUUUAUUGUCCACUUGUCUUUUUCCUCA